UUCACACCGGUGUGAAUCGCGACCAACCGAAACAGUACUCUGGAAGGCGACUUGCUACUGCCUCUUUAAGGAAAAAGGGAAACAGUUUAACAAACAAUUAUAGAUAGAUGGCUAAGUAGACAACUUCAAUGUGGAUUUACCGGAAUUUUACACGAAGAUUUACCGUGAAUGUGGAGAUAAAUGGGGCUUACUUCUGUGGAAUAAGGGCAUAUAUGAUAGAGCACGAGAGGGUGACUGGUUAGCAUACUUCUCGCUAGCUAAACAUGGUGGCCAGUAAGCGAAAGGGGAUCUAAAAUAUUUAAGAAAAUCUUCUUGUUGGAUGGUGAGACAACCUUGGUGAUGUUGAGUGAGAGUAACCCUUCUACUCGUACUCCCAACCUUGGCUGGAUUUGCCGAUUUCAAAUACACUUUUCGGUUCAUCUGAAUAUCCAGUAAGGAGUCGAGCUGUCCCGACACAAUCCUUGGACAACCCGCUUGAAAACUUAUAAUUAAGUUUGUUUCAUGUUCUACAAUGUAUUGUACAUAGACGAACAAAUGAGCAUUGAACAACGAUUAUUUCAAAUGCGCGUUAGAGAUGUAUCUCGUGGAACAUCACUCUCUCAAUUCCAGUGUGAGCAUGGUUGUAAUAUUGUUAGCCUACUUCUGAGUUAAACGGCUACAAAAUAACUGGUAUUCUGAAAAGAAAUAAUGUAAGCAUCAGUGCUGGUAACAUUGUUUCAUUUAGGAAAUUGUAUCAUAUUGCUUCGUUGUGAAAACACACACUGUUUGGCAAACCUUUUCUACGCGUACUCUGGGAACAUUCACGACGAGACGUUAUGGAUUAUAACGUAAUCCAAUACACACACACAGGCCAGAAUUUGUGAAUUGAUGGAAACGAGUGAUGGUUUUCACAUUUAGGAUUUUACGAUACUUCAUACAACAAAACGUGGAUUACCUUCGAUAGAAUUUAGAGGACUUGCAGAGAAUAUUACAUGGAGACUCGUCUGACAUGCCAAGGAAGGAGUUACCACUACCAGAGGGUUGGGAAGAAUCCCGGGAUUUUGACGGGAAAAUCUACUACAUCGACCACAUCAACCACGCCACCAGUUGGAUUGAUCCAAGAGACAGGCAGACUAAACCUCUGACAUUUGCUGACUGCAUUGGCGAUGAGCUGCCAGUGGGUUGGGAGGAGGCCUACGACCCCAAUGUCGGGGCCUACUAUGUGGACCAUAACACAAAGAGCACUCAGCUGGAGGACCCACGGGCCCAGUGGCAGCGGGAGCAGGAGGUCAUGCUGCGGGAGUACCUGGAUGUGGCCAAGGACUCGCUGAGCGCCCAGAAAGAGAUCUACCAGGUGAAGGAGCAGCGGCUUCGCCUGGCCCAGCAGGAAUACCGCCAGCUCAAUGACGCCUGGAAGGACAAGUCCACCUCUCAGACCAGCUUGAAUUCCAGAUCGUCCUCCAGCAGUAAAUAUGACCCAGAAAUCCUCAAAGCCGAGAUAGUCACUUCCAAAAGUAGGGUGAAUAAGCUGAAGAGGGACCUCGCCUGCAUGAAACAAGAAUUGCAGCAUAAAGAGCAGGGCUUUGAAACACUGAAAGAGAUCGAUCACAAGGUGUCCAGUGCGCCAUACGGCUUCAAGCUCCAUGAGGCGCAGGCCAUUCUGAACGAAGUCAAGUCUAUCAAGGACGCCAUCAGCUCCGGGGAGAAGGAGAAACAGGAGCUCAUGCAGAAACUAGCAGUGCUUAAGGAUGGCUUCCAGCUGGACUCAGUGGGUUCUCAGUCUGACCUGUGGGGCAGCAGCCCCUCCCUGGCUAACUCUGAGUUGUCCAUCCCUCGACUCUACUCCGAAACCAGCUCCCAGACAGACAUACCUGCUGAGUUUGGGACCAACACCAACAAGUUGGCAGAGAAGGUUCGACUAAGCCUGAAGUAUGAAGAAGCAAAAAGAAGGAUUGCCACCAUCGAGGUGCAGAUAGCCAAACUGGACAGUGAGGCUUGGCCGGGGCUGCUAGACCCGGAGCGCGACCGCCUCAUCCUCAUCAAUGAGAAGGAGGAGCUACUGAAGGAACUGCAGUACCUCAAGCCCUGCAAGAGAGCGCCCAAUGAACAGGAGAAGAUUGAGACUGAGAAGAAGAUGCUUGAGAGAGACCUGCAGGCUGCCAGGGACAACCAGAGCAAGGCCCUGACUGAGAGAUUGAGAUUGCACUGUAAAAGAAACGAGCUGGUGAGAGAGCUGGAGGAGAUGGUUCGCCUGGCCUCUUCACUACACACUCAGCUCAAGAGUUUGUCGGCCAGCACGCUGUCGUGUUCGUCGGGCAGCAGCCUUGGCUCGUUGACCUCCAGCCGGGGCUCUUUGGCUACCACAUCCUCCCUGGGCUCCACCUCCUCCCUGAGCUUUACCGACAUCUACCUGGAGCAACCUGAGCUGGGAGACCCUGACUUCCAGAACAAACUGGAAACCCUACUGCAUGAGGGUGGCCCGGUCUUCAGCUUCCGGCCCUCCAGCUCAAUCACCACCAUCCACGAGCACGAGGUGGUCCCUGUAGUAGAUGCCGGUACUGGGGGUGUUAUCGGCGGGGGUGCGGAGGCCGGCACCAGGCUACAGGCGCUGAGACGAUCGGAGACGCCAAGGUCCAUGAGCUCGCUGUCACCGAGGUCUUCGCUGUCGUCGCUCUCGCCACCUUGCUCGCCCCUGGUCAUGGACUCCACAUUCCUCUCAGGGGAGGGGUUUGCAGUUUUGGGGGGCCCGGGGGGGCUGGAUGUGGAGCUACAUUGCAGGCUGACGGAGCUGGGGCUGGACAGGGAGGAGCAGCAGCGAGGUGGAGGGGUGGAGAUGGACACUAAGCAGACCAUGGCUGGAGAGGUGCUUAAAGAUGCCGUAGCGCAGGUCCGAGGGACGGUGGGUGCUGGGUCGAAGAAGAUGGGUGUGACGUCAGCAGUGUCUGAUGAGUCAGUGGCGGGUGACAGUGGGGUGUAUGAGCCCUCUGACAGACCUGUCCCCCCAGCAGAGCUGCUGGGCUAUGAGGAGAGAGGAGGUCCUCUAGGCUGUGCCCAGGUCAGACUGGGCCUGAAGUACGAGGUGAAAGACAAGCGUUUCACCGUGUUAGUCAUGCAGCUCUCCAACUGCAGCGCCCUCACCCCGCUGCCCAACCACAAAAUGUACAUCCGUGUGGCUGUCCUCCCCUGCUCUGAGACCACCCGCUGCCUUUUCCGGACGCGUGGCUCUCUCCCCCAGGACGCCGUGGAGGUCAACGAAGUCUUCGGCAUCCAGAUGGCCCACAAUGUUCUGCGGCAGAAGACCCUGAGGGUGGACGUGUGCCACACAAGCCCAUCUGGCCGCGAGGAGUGUCUGGCUGGUUCUCAGAUAAGCCUGGCUGAUGUCAACACCUCUGGGGAGAGAUGUGUCAUGUGCUACAACCUCCUGAGCUACUCCUUCAUGCCCCAAAUCAAUAGCAAGGACAAAGAGACCGGGACAGCUACACAGUCUGAAAGGAGCUCUGUCCCUACCACAGAGAGAGUAGCAGGCAGCCUGGAGGGUGCACCAGAGGAGGAUGAAUGGCACAGUGAAGUGCUGGAAGGAGAUGUAUUUGAAGACGAGGGAGACAACCGUGUAGAGGGGCCUGAAGAGGAGGAGUUGUAUCCCGAGAGCAGUCAAUGGGAGGGAGAGAAGGUGGCGGCCAAACUUACUCAAACAGGAACUAUGACUGAGAGGGUGAACAAGGAGACCAGUACCGGCCUCAACCACCACCAUGCCGCCUCCUCGGUGGUUCGGCCCAAGGAGCAUCGACUCCGCGAUGUUCCCCAGCAGAACCCCUUUAUCCGGGGAAACACCAUAAUCCGCUCCAAGACCUUCUCCCCUGGGCCCCAGAGCCAGUACAUCUGUCGCAUUAACCGCAGUGACAGCGACAGCUCCACUCUGUCUAAGAAGUCUCCAUUCGUCAGGAAUGCAUCGGAGAGACGCAGCAUGCGCAUGAAAAAGCCCCCGGUGCCGGUGCGGGGCCUGGACGGGCUGCUGCGGACCAGUCUGGACUUGGAGCUGGACCUGCAGGUGUCCAGGACUCGUCACACGCGGCUGUCCCAGGAGCUUCGAGUCCUCAGGGAGCUGAAGGAGCAGCUGGAGAGAGCCCGGCAGCAGGGCACCAGAGACCUCCCCACCUGGGUGCAGGACGACGAGCGCUUCCGUCUGCUUCUCAGACAGGCUGAGAAACAGACCCGUGAGGAGCAGCUGCAGGAGCAGAGGGUGGAGAAAAUGAUGCGCGCUGCGGCCAAGGACGUCCACAAGAUCCGAGGCCAGAGCAGGAAAGAGGUGCCAGAGGUCCAGUCCUUCAGAGAGAAGAUGGCCUUCUUCACUCGUGCGAAGAUCAACAUCCCCGAUCUGCCUGCCGACGACGUGUAGCGCAUUUCAAGUAUUCCACAGUCUGAACUGCUGUUUCCAAGGAGAUGACUCUGACACAGACUUCUGGUGGUAAAAUGAAGAAUGGAGAAUAAUAAUGUAUAGAAAAACUGUCACAUUUUUUGAACUUUUUUUAGUUUUUAUCUCAGUUGCUCAUCUGUACAGUUUUUGUUAUUAUCACCUAGCAACAUGCAUUAUUUUUAUUUUCUCCACUCUGUAGCAUUAUUUUACUGUUACUAAUAAGUGGAUGUUGGUAGCUACCUUUACAUGUUUUACGGUAAAAUCGUCAUUCCAAUACCACACCGGUGCUUUCUGUGUGAAAUAUGAAAAGAUAGACGACAAAUGCUGUUAUUUUCAUUAGCCAGGACCACUUACUCGCUGUAAUCUAAGAUGUGAAUAUAGACCCACAGAGGUACUUUACUUCAACAUGAUUUAUAGCACAACACAUCUACAAAAUCAACAUUCUGAUUGAAUGAUGGUGUACUUUGAUUGACCGGAUGAGUGGUUGGUUGUACAGUAUAUUGUAACCGGCUGUCUGUCCCUAGUGGCAUUGUGUUGUCUUAUUACUGCACACUGUCUACUGUGUAUGUAUUACCAGUCAGGUCAUCUAUACUGUACAUGGCUCUUGUAGUGACUCUCACUGGUGCACACACUAUCUCUCAGCAUUGUGUAAGAACUGCACUAACUCUCUAAUACUCAGGUAGUUUAUCGGAUAGUUUGUGCACUUUUAAAAUAGGAAUCUAAAAAAGAGUGAAGGGGUUGAAGAAGUGGGAGGAGUGCUCUUCUCUGGGCAGGAUUGAUUGUUAAAUCACCGUUUAACAAAGCACAUUAUGAUUGUGAAACAAAAGAAGUGCAUUUUAUGAAGGUCAUUAAUUUGCAUUUGAUGAAGAUCAUUGCUGACGAUAAACUCCACAUUUAUUGUAUGAGUCAAAACCCAAGUGAAGUGAUCCAAAAAUCAUGGAGCAACUGAGAACUCCCAAGUAUACUGAACAAAAAUAUAAAUGCAACAACAGGGUGCUGAGAUGGGUGGGCCCAGGACUACCCACUUGGGAACCAGGCCCAACCAAUCAGAAUGAGUCCCCCCACACAAAAUAAGUUUAUUACAGACUGAAAUACACCUCAGUUUCAUCAGCUGCCUGACUGGCUGGUCUCAGAUGAUCCUGCAGGUGAAGGAGCCGGAUGUGGAGGUCCUGGGCUGACGUGGUCACAUGUGGUUGUGAGGCCGGUUGGGAAUACUGCGAAAUUCUCUAGAACGAUGGAGGCGGCUUAUGGUAGGAAAUUCUGGCAACAGCUCUGGUGGACAUUCCUGCAGUCAGCAUGCAUAUUGCACGCCCCCUCAACUUGAGACAUAUGUGGCAUUGUGUUUUGUGUGACAAAACUGCACAUUUUAGUGGCCUUUUAUUUACCCAGCACAAGGUGCACCUUUGUAAUGAUCCGGCUGUUUAACCAGCUUCUUGAUAUGCUACACCUGUCAGGUGGAUUGAUUAUCGUGGCAAAGGAGAGAUACUGCAUGGCGAGUUGUCACAUCAAUGACCACAGGAGUUGGCAAGACCGCACUAACAGGUCUGGAACCAGGCUACACUACUAGUACCAUAUGGAGCUGCUUAAACCAGCCAUGUUGCCCUCUCUCUCUGUUAGGAGACCUCACAAAGUCCUACACGGUGCCUUGCAAAACUGGCUUUCAACACUGCUCUCGAUGUGUCAGUGGUAGUGUCGGGAGCACAUAUCUGGCUCUGUGUAGCGAAUGAUCACAUCUGUCAUCUUCAGAGGCGACUCGUAGUGUCUGUGUUUAAUGAAAUGUGAUGAAGUGAAACGUGUUAGUGGAUCAACAGGCAGUACAGGGAGAAAUGAGAGCUGUUUAUAACUAGGCCACUGGAAACUACAGGGUAGGUGAUCUAGAUUAGAUCAGAACAGUCAGCUUGCUACUCACAUUCCCUGUAAACACUUGGAUGGCAUUUGAGAUGAUAGAGAUGUGUUGGAUGAGAGUUUGGAGGGGUGAUCAUAAGGGGAUAUAUAUAUUGGCAAGGGCCCCUGUUCACAUAUUCAAUGCAGAUGCAAAUGUCUGUGGAGUGUUUUGGAUUUAGCUUUUUAACAAAUCCUACUCACACAGGCCUUUUUUUGGUGUUGACCAAGUAUGAUUGUGAUACCAAUUAUAAAUGGCCUGAAUUACAUUCUACUCAUAUUGGAGAAGCCAGAACUGCAACCUUAUUUUCUACAGAAACAUAGCUAGCUUCUUUCCCUCUCAAUGGAAAACUGUUGAACACCAUACAUACGUAGCACCCUAAGACCUGAUGUAGUCAGAGACGAUAUAAAGCUCAAUUCAACUCUUGGCUAAUACCACUGGUAAUGUAGAGAUUUGCCCAAUCCACAACAGGCUGGAUGACAAUGAAACAAACAGGUUCAUGCUAAUUGUAUUUGGCCAUAGAAUGAGCACAAUGACUCUAAAGGUGGAGAGGAGUCAGUGGAAUGAAUCACAUUCCCUUCCUCAGCUGAAUGGUCCUCCAAUGAAGUCACUUUCAGUGUUGACGACACCAGAGUUUAUGUAAUAGCACAUGACCUUUGUUGGACUUGAAUGGGCAUGAGUUGGCUCUAACGUUCUGCAAAUGAUGACCAGAACUCACUGGUGUCCAGUGUCCCACCCAAGUUGACAUUGCCUUGUAGUUUGAUGAAUACAUUGCAUGUUUCAUACUCUGUGAAUAAAAUGAUACACUGAUUUGAACAUCAGAAAGGAUUUUUCUACUCUACCCCAUACUAAUAAUGUUAGAUUAGAUCGUGUUUCAUUCCUACUCUACUUUUUGAAUCUACCCUUUCCUUACUGGUUGUCUUUUGCCUUGAUGUGCACUAUUUUCAUAAACUUGACCUGUGAGCUUUAGCUAGUGAUAAAGAAUGUUUCUUGGGUUAUUGUGAUACUCCUGUCUUUUAUCGCUAAGUUGUAAUUUUGUUUUCUCAAUUUCACUUUUCUGUUAAAUGGUGUAGACAGGCACACACCGUCUUAGUCACCCAACUGGAUAUAAUAUGGGUUGCUUUCUUGCGCACUCUCUAGGUUAGUGUGAUGUCUUUAUAACCUCUUUGUCAUACACAAUUAGCUAGACACCCCUUUCAAAUUGAAUACAAACACAGUUUAAUUUAGUUAAAUAUAAUGUUACAAAUAUGUUGUUUUUUCUCCUUUGAACCAUUUCCAUUUUUUUUAGAAUAUUAAACUAUACAAUGUUGCACUUCACUACUGUAAAGGAAAGCCACUGUUGACGGCACAACAAUCUAUUCUACUGGAAUCGGACAUGAACUGUGUACUGUGAAUGGAUCCUUUGGAGAGUGCUGAUUUUAACUGGAGUUGAAAAUGUGCUCACCAUCCAAGAAGAGAACACUACUUUUUGUUGCCUAAAAUAAUGUGUAUGGUUUGCAGUUGAAUGUGAACUGUUUACUUAAAAAUAAAUCACAAUUUACUCCAGUUUAGAGAGAGGGAGCAGAGGUCUUACAUUAGGACUUCUGAUUGGAUUACACUAUGUCUGGAUGGAACAGUACUAUGUGAUUAACUGAAGCUAGUCACGAUUGACUAAAGGCUCAAAUGUACUUUUCUAUAACACCACCCGGCAUAUAUAUUGUAGAAAAGUCAAUUUCAUCAGAAACAAAUUAUGUAGUAGGUCUUGCUUCGAGUAAUCAAAAAAUCAUGUCAGAAACUGUCUUGUAGGUUGUGAUAUAUAAUUAUUGUUUUGAAGUUCAAGUGCAUUUUUGUUAUUUGCUCUGUUGUAUUAAGGAUGGCAAUGAUACUGGUAUGUGUAUAGAGAUUGUUUGAGAAAUACAGCAUGUAUUUAUUGCACUUUGUGAUUUGGGUGUGCUGUUUUGUUUCCUUUCUCAUAAGACUCCUGAAAGCUGUGAAUUUUAUUAUGGACACUACUGUCAACCAGAUUUGUAAAUAUUUCACCAGCACAAAAAAAAAAGUUUUGUAGUUUCACAAAUAAAAAUAAGUUCUUUUGUUCUA